AUGAAGCUGUCAUUAUUACCGGUAUUAUCCUUAAUUCCACUAUCACUAGCCAGAUCAUUCUACGUAGCUACAAAUCAAAACGUGGCAUGUUUAGAAAUUAAAACCCCAUCAUCAUCAAUAUCACUUACUAAAACUAUAGGUACAGCAAGUGGAGCCAAUCCACCAGUAUUGAUAUUUAAUUAUAAUGAUAGAAAUCUAUUACCAAUUCCAAAUUUUGAUUAUUUAGUAACUGAUAGGAAAAUUGAUGAUUAUUUCAAUGAAACUGGAUUUCUUUUCCCAAAGGGAAUUCUGGGGUCUACAUAUAAUGAUAUAUUAAUUGAUACUUUAGAAUAUAAUAUUAGUACACCAGGAACUUAUUGUAUUUAUUCACCAAUUAUUGAUGGUUAUGAAUAUCGUGUUGAUAUUAAUGAAUCGAAUAUAUAUUUGGAUAAUGUGAUUUUCUGUAUGGUUAAUAUCUUAUCUAAUUUAUUCUUUACUGGGUUUUUUGGUAAACAAAAGAAAGUGAUUUUUAAAUUAAUCAGUAAAUUUACCUUUUUGAAGGUGAUUCUUUAUGGAAUUUCAUUAGUGUUAUCAUUAAAAUUUAAUAUUAUUCAAUAUACUGAAGAUUUGGCAUCAGCUGUGGAUGAAGUUUUCACAUUACUAUUCUUACUUGGUUAUGGUACUGUCUACGCCAAUUAUGAAAAUCAAAAUGUUAAAAGAAUUGCUAUUGUUACUAUAUUAACUAUUACUCCAUCGAUUUUAUCUCGUUAUUUUGAUUUGAAAACAAAUGUAACCAACAUUGUGAUUAAUAACAAAUAUUACAAUGUAGCUAAUGGCGUUUUAGGGUCAGAUAAAUUUGAUGGGUUGAGUGUUUUGAAAAGAGUUGUUCGUGAUGUUAGCAUUCAUAGAUUCAGUGUUCCUAUUGCAUUUUUAUAUGGGUUGAGUAAGUUUGUUAAAUUGACCACUUUUAUUUAUGCUUUUAGACAAACUUCUGCACAAUUAGUAGGUGGAACCAAAACAAGUUAUACUUGGAGUGUUAUCCUUUGGUUAUUUGUCUAUCCAUUAGCUAGCUUUGGAUUAUAUCCUGAUUUGGUUUACAAUUAUUAUAAAGUUCUUGAUUAUAGUAAAGUAUUGGCUGAGUUUAAUUUGCAAUUUUUAAGAGAUAAAUAUUGGGUGUUGUUUUUGGAUGAACUCCAUUGGUUGUUAUUCUAUUCUCUUUGGUUUGCUGGUGUUAGAGGCUUGGUUGUGGAUGAUGGUGUUGCUGUUGAUAAAGACAAGAAACAAGAGUGA